UGUUGGGAAACACUGCUCUAGACAAUAGUAGGCAGCUAAUUUUUUUGGCAGUCCUAGUGAAAUGAUUCAAUUUAAUCAGAAAGGAAUUGAGAAAAUUUCAGGCCUGAAGGAAAGAAGGGCAAAACUUAUGUUCAAGGAAAUAGUUCAGGGUAUCCUUAUCAUAAAAGCAGAAUAGGAUUUGUGUUGGUCAUGUGGGUGUAGUACAAGACAGGUUAAGGGGCAAGUUAUAUUUUAAGAUGAGGUCUGUGGAUCUUACAAUGUGAAUUUAUACCCAGGUGAGGUAGCAUGGGAAACUUGCACAGGACUGGGCAGACUGGCAGCAAGUGUAGAAUAAAAUUAGGGUGGGGGUGACUCUGUAGGUGUGGUAAAUGAUAAAAUGGAAUAGGAGACUUGAGAAUCGGAGGACUAGUGAUUGUAUAAUGUGGAUUUAUAGAGUACAGUGGAAAUGGCCCAGGGUUGGGCACUCUAUUAGCAGAGGCAGAAUAAGAUUUGGAUUGGAUUUAUAGGGAAUAAACCCUGACUGUAAACCAUCUCACUUUCUACCACUAAACUGUAGAAAAUUUCUAGAAACACAAAAAUAUAUACUCUGCAACUUAAUUAAGCAAGUAAACUUGGCCAGUGAGGCAUAUAAUUAUGGAUUCCGUUAGUUUACUUAUUUCUGAGAAUGUCUGCAAUUUAUUUAUUUUUUUUUUGUUAAUAAGUAAUAUAUAGACAUGAUAAAAUGGAUGGUUCACAUUUCUGUUCAUGCGGUUUGUUAUAAAAUACUUGGGUUAACUGUGCUGCACUAAACUUUUACAUACUCUAAGACAAAGGUAAACAUGCCUUGUAUUACGGUACGUGUUAGGGAUGAGUGGCUAACUGUGCCCUGUAAGGAUUUGACUUGCACAGUGCACUGGCUGGGACUUGAGGCACUAAGACGAUACACAAAGAACAAGCCAGAUAAUGGAGAUCCUGUCAAUGAGGUCUGCUUCACUAUGAGAAAGUGCCAGGGGAAGGGAGUUCUGGAUCCGGAUGAUACAUUAGAAGAAGUGCUGGAGGACAAUGACUUUGUGGAGCUUAGUUUAAAAGAGGAUAAAGACAAUUUCUCUCCAUUAUUUAUUGUGUCAUGUCUUUGUGCUUCUUACAGAAAAAAAUAUCAGGAGCCAAAAGAAUAUUUGUAUUUAGAUGGGAACACCCUCACUACAGGAGAUGUGGUGAAUUUAGGAAAAGGAAUGUACAAAAUUAAGUUGACUAAAGAGGCUGAAAAUAAUGUCAAACAAUCUUGGGAAGUUGUUGAGAAUGUAGUUAAAGAAAGCAAAGUUGUUUAUGGAAUAACCACAGGGUUUGGCAAAUUUGCUCAGACUGUGAUUCCCAGUGAGAAAAUUGUGGAACUUCAAGAGAAUGUGGUUCGCUCUUCAGCAGCAGGUGUUGGUAAGCCACUGAAUCCAGAGCGCGCCCGUAUGCUGUUAGCAUUAAGGAUUAAUGCACUGGCCAAAGGAUACAGCGGCAUUUCCCCAGACACACUCCACCAGAUAAUUGAAGCUUACAAUGCUUCCUGCUUAUCCUUCAUACCAGAGAAGGGGACAGUUGGUGCUAGUGGAGAUCUCGCCCCACUGUCUCAUUUAGCACUUGGCUUGAUGGGAGAAGGAAUGAUGUGGUCUCCAAAGUGUGGCUGGGCUGAUGCCAAGCAUAUUUUACAGGCUCAUGGACUGAAACCCCUCUCACUUAAGGCUAAAGAGGGACUGGCUCUCAUAAAUGGGACACAGUUGAUCACCUCACUUGGGUCGGAAGCUGUUGAGAGGGCCAAAGCCAUAGCCAGACAGGCGGAUAUAAUAGCAGCUCUAACCCUCGAGGUGCUUAAGGGAUCAGCAAAUGCCUUUGACAAGGACAUUCAUAGACUUCGUUCUCAUCCUGGUCAAGAGGAGGUGGCUUUUAGGUUUCGAUCACUUUUGGAUUCACAUCUAUAUCCUUCAGAAAUUGCAGAGAGUCACAGAAAUUGCAACAAAGUGCAGGAUGCAUACACCUUACGCUGCUGUCCACAGGUUCAUGGCAUUGUGAAUGAAACUAUUGCUUUUGUGAAGAACAUCAUUAACAAAGAAAUAAACAGCGCCACCGACAACCCAAUGGUGUUUUCAGAGAGAGGCGUGACUCUCUCAGGAGGUAAUUUCCAUGGGGAGUAUCCAGCCAAGGCUUUAGAUUAUCUGGCCAUAGGAGUACAUGAGCUUGCCUCGAUCAGUGAGAGAAGAAUUGAACGGCUGUGUAAUCCUUCCCUAAGUGAACUUCCAGCAUUUUUGGUCAGUGAAGGAGGUCUGAAUUGUGGCUUCAUGGUAGCACACUGCACAGCUGCUGCUCUGGUUUCAGAAAAUAAAGUUUUGUGUCACCCUUCUUCUGUUGACUCCUUGUCCACCAGUGCUGCCACUGAGGAUCACGUGUCAAUGGGAGGAUGGGCAGCUCGAAAAGCCCUCAAAGUGGUGAAGCAUGUGGAGCAAGUUCUUUCCAUAGAACUAUUAGCCGCUUGCCAGGCGCUGGAGUUCUUGCGUCCUUUGAAAACUACUGAACCUUUGGAAAGAGUCUAUGAUCUUGUACGUUCUGUGGUCAGACCAUUAACCAAGGACCGCUUCAUGACUCCAGAUAUUGAGGCUGUUCACAGACUUCUGCUGGAGGAAAACGCAAGUGUGGGAUGUUGCAAAUCCUCAUAUGGAGAAGUACAGAAAGCAACACCUUUCACAAUAACGUCUAGACAGCCCAGGUGGUCUGUCCGAAGUAUGGCACAACCCUUCUGCGGUGCCUGAGAAGCCAAGGCACAAUAGCCUUUAAUUAGGCAGCAACCUGCUAAUGACGCACAGUAUUUAUGAAAGCGUUCUUGAAAAGCCUUCAGAGUUGCACGAAUCAUACAAUGAAUGUGUUAUUCUAGCACUAUUUCUUUAUAAACACAGCUACUGAUUCUUUAAAAUGUCACUUAUCUUAGAGCACACAACUGAUCUGGUGCACAAUUCAGAAAGCAUUAAUGAAAAAUCUUUUGGUAAAUGUAACUUGGAAUGAAAGCAAAUGAAUAAUGGGCUACACAAAUAAUAAAUAAUAUGUAUUAAUAAUAUCCUUUGCUAGUGCACUGCUGAUAGUGUCAGUUCCUUCUUUUAAGUGAAGUUCUUAUUAAACUUGAAACACAGUCCUGGCAUACAGUAAAGAAAUCUAUCAAUUUACAGCAUGAGAUAUUCAUUUUGGUAAACUGUAAUUACUGUAGUCAGGGUCUCACAGCAAAAACAAUCUUCAUUACAGGAAGUUUAAUUCACAUUGAAAUAAAGCAACUUUUUAAGGAUCCUCAUAAUUUUGUGUAGACCGUUAAUCAAGUGAUACAAAAGACACAAGGAAGUAUAAUUGAGCAAUACCUUAUCAUACCAUUUUUCAAAGUGCACUUAAUCCUGAGCAGGGUCACGAGGAGCUGGAGCCCAUCCCAGUCCGUGCCGAGCACAAUUUCUCAGGUGAAGUCAAAGACUAGCUGGCACAAGCGAAAAGCCCAUUCAGUCAUUCCCAGGGCAUUCAACCAUGCAGGCCAAGGUCCAAGUUCAUGCUGGAACUAUGACAGAAAUCCAGCCAACAUUAGCUGCAAGCAGCAUAGCGGAACAGCGAGAAGAAAAUGAGAAAUGGUUAGUAUUAGGGAUUGCAGUCAAAAAGUGUUCAGACACUCAAAAAAUAAAAACAAUCGAAUAGUCUCAAUGACAUCUGUGGGCCAGAAGAUGCGGUGUUGAAAUAAGGAAUCUGCAUCUUUGGCUUAAACAAUGGGGACUCUCCAAUACUGGGUUGGGCAUUCUAGAUUCUGGAAGUCCUACAGCUCAAAUCAAGGCCUGUUCCACCAGCUUUAUUUAACCUUUAAACUUCCAUGUGUUGAAGAAGGCUUUCAUAUUAUGGUAAGGUAGGUGUGAAGUAUUACAGGGUGUGUCAAAAUUAUGUUAACAUUUGAAUGGCGGAAACAAUUUAUUCACAAAACAUAGUUCAUAUGUGCAA